AGACAGCGAACUCAAUCAAAGCACCAGCCAGCAGCCAGUUGUCAUUUGCGCACGUGAACUUAUUGUAAUUGUCCGCAACUUUCUUCUUAACAUGAUGCUGAUCAAAUUAGCUGCAUUACUCUGUUGGAAUGAUUGAAAAUUCGGACGAAUCUGACUGUGGCCGGAGAGAACGUAAACAGGAUACAGCAAGCAUUUUGGAGUUGUGAUGGGAGAUUGACUUGUUUUCAUUCGAUUUGUGGCGCAGUAAUAUCAAACACUGUUGUGGUGAUCAAACGCCGAGAACAAUGGCGGACCGGCUGACACAGCUGCAGGACUCCGUGAAUUUGGUAGCCGAAUGGCGGGGCAACCGGUGACAGGCGAAGCAUUUGUUUAUCCGCCAGAAUGGGGAAAGCAAGCGGAGAACUUCUGCAAUAGCAUUGGUGUCCUGCAGCAGCUAGCUCAGCCCUCGCCGUUCCCGGAACUUGAAAAAAGUUCUAAAAUUGCUCCACAACCUCAAGAGGACUAUGCUGCUUUGUUUGCAACGAUGAUUGCUCGCACAGCAAAAGACAUGGACGUGCUUAUCGACUCCCUCCCAAGCGAAGAGGCCGCACCCGAAUUACAAGCGAACAACCUUGAACGGUUGGAAGUGGAAAAUGCGGACGCGGCCCUUCGCUUGAAGGAAGUGGUGGCCCGUGGUGAGGGACUCCUCCGUCAGGUGCAGGGCGCGCUGUCUGAAAUCGCCGGCCAACAGCUGAGUGCUAGACAGCCGCCUCCAUUGCCAAAUCGGGAACCUCCUAGAGGAGAUCAUCAAUGAUAAUGAAAUGACGAUGACGAACGAUAAAUGCUCGGCACGUUUAAUGUACAUAAAAUCCAGUUCCUU